UCAUUACAUUUGCAAAUGAAAUGAUGGCAGCAGCUGGUUCAGCGGUCUCAAGCAACCAGUGUCUUACAAGCAGAGAAUGCAGUUUAAUAGAUAAAGUCAUCAAGAGACAGGCUCGACUCUAUGAGCUGUGCACAAACCCUCAGCUCGCUUUAAGGAACAGCCCGCCGUAUCUACCAGACCUGUUAGCCGAGACAACAGCACUGCUCGAGACGGUUCGGGAGUCAAACCAAGGAUCCAAGGACACAUCAGGGGCAGGUCAGGUGCCGCGGGGUGAGAGGUCCGACUACUUGAGGAUCCAUCUCAAGAACUUGCUGGAUAAGAGCGACAGGGCCAUGCUGUUGUUUAAAGAAGGAGGGGAGAGGAUAUUUCAGGAAAAGUCUACUUACAGGAAGAACUUGACCAAACUGUCACUGCUGUUCAGUCACAUGCUGUGGGAGAUGAAGGCCAUGUUUCCAGAUGGAACUUUCCACGGCGACACCUACACACUGGCAUCACCAGGUGCUGGGAAGUUUUGGAGGAAGUCGUUUGGCAACAAAUGUAUAGUUCCGUGGAAAAACUUCACGGAACAGCUACGGAGCGUUCAUGCGUUCCAGGAAGGGAUGGAGUCCAUGGCUCUCAAAUCGACCGUCGACCUCACGUGUAACAACCACAUAUCUGUGUUUGAGUUUGACGUCUUCACCAGGCUGUUUCGACCCUGGGGGUCCCUGUUGAAAAACUGGAACCAUUUAGCAGUAACCCAUCCAGGCUACAUGGCUUUUCUCACCUUUGACCAGGUCGAGGCUCGGCUGACACGCUAUCUGCACAGGCCGGGAAGUUACAUCUUCCGUCUCAGCUCCACAAGAAUGGGUCGUUGGGCUAUUGGUCAUGUGACCACAGACAACAGCAUCAUUCAGACCAUUCCUGAGGAUACACCUCUCUACCAGGCUCUCAUUAAAGGGUCCAAAGAAGGCCGCUAUGUGUACCCCAACGGUCAUGACUCGAACCCUGACCUGAGCAGCUUACAGGGAUCAACAGAGGUCGUCAAAGUUACAGAAGAGCAGUAUGAGCUUUACUGUGACAUUGGCAGCACCUUCCAGCUUUGUAAGAUCUGCCUAGAGAGGGACAAGGACAUUUGCCUUAAACCGUGCGGUCAUCUCCUGUGCUCCAUCUGCCUCGCAGGCUGGCAGAGGUCAGCUCGCAACACAUGUCCCUACUGCCGCUGCAAAAUUAGAAGCACACAUUCAAUCGCCAUCGAAUCCUACCGGCAAGGUGACGAUAACGAGGAGAGUGUCGAUGACCCCGAGGAUGACCACGAGGACAUUGAAGUCAUUGUGAAGAAAAUUGCUGCUUUAAAGCUCUCGAGUUUGGAGAGACCAUCGCCGAGUUCCCGCCUUUACAACGACACAGACCCGCUGCUGUACGAUCCCACUCACAAAGUGCAGACCACAAAAACAACCCGUGCUGUUAGCAAAAAACCGAGAAGGCAGAAAAUGGCAAACUGGAAUUGUGAGCAGGAAAAGGACACACAGGACAGUAGGCAGGACAUGGACUCACCCCAGAGCACUGAACGCCUGAUGGAAGAUACGGCGCCUUAUUUAACUCCACACAGUGCUGACGGUGCUGAAUCAUACCGCAGACCUUUGCAUUCAGGCAAAGGAAGAAGACGAUAUAAAGAGAGAGAUGAUUUUCAUUAAGAAGGACAAAUACUGCCCUUUCAAAAUGACCCGUCGUCUGAACAAAUCAAAAGGACAGAGGCCUGAAGAAAGUGCUGCGCAUGAUCAGCUGCAGUGACGCGCGGUGAGGUUCACGGCUGCUGAGGCACUGACUCCUCUGGAGCCAGAUUUACAGUUACAAGAACCCAAAAGAGCAUCCUAUUUCACUGUUCAUCCAACAGCAUCACUCUGGUGAUGCUUCGUAUCUCAUCAGCAUUCCUCUUUCAAUGACACUGACACCAACACAAACAUAUACACAGGAACAGAUUUGUCCUACAAAGAACAUUGCUUUUAUAGAAAUGGACAGAACACCCUUCAUAUUUACUGUAAACAAUUUAAAGUAUAGCGAUGAACGCGGCACAAAUUUAAUUUUGUUGUCAGUUAUUAUAUAUAAACCUUACAGCGUUGACCCUAUUUAAAUUUUUCCUCUUGAUUCCAGAAUCCAGGAUUAGUUCGUUCUAAAGCCUCUCAAUGUUGACAAAGGCAGUAAAGCGUCCUAUAACGGGGUUUGUUUGUUUUUUUUUUCUUCUGAAAAAAGUAAAUUGCUGUGUUUUACUCUUCUACUUGAAAUCAAAUGUUCCGUUUUAAUACUGUGAUCUUGCACUAAACAUUAGCCCAUUGUAGCUAGAAGUUGCUUUCCUUAAAAAAAAUUUUAAAAAAUAUUAUUUACUUCAUUUUAUAUCUCUGUGAUCGUUUUUCGUUCCUGUUUGAUAAUCAACCAAAAUCACAGCCUUAACUGACCCCAGACCUUCCUCGUUUACAUUUUUAUAACAAUGAUAUAAAAGGUUUUCUUAAUUAUUAUUAUUUUAUAUUAUUAAUAUAUUUGUUUAUAUCUAUGUUUUUGAUGUUUAGAACGAGGGGGGAUUUUUAUUUAAAUUAAUCAAUAGUAUAUUUCUGAGGGGGCUGGAAGGAAUUAAUUGGUUUGUAGUUAUUUUUUAAUGGGGGAAAACGCAAUCAAGAUACGAGCGGAUUCGACACACAAGUGCUGUAAUGGAACGGAUUAAAGUCAUGUCUUAAAACCACACGGUAUUGUUACUCACGGAGGAAUAAGGAUCCCGGGAACUGACAAGAUAUUGAGUAAAUAUGAGCUAAAAAAAAUGUUUCUACUAUUAAAAACAUAAAACAUCACAAAAUUAUGAGGAGCAACAAUAAAAAAAAAAGUGAAUACAAACCACAUGGCUUUAUUGAGUUUACUUUGUUAUGGCUUGUGUGUUGAAAGUGGGCAUGUGUCAGUGAGCGUGCUACGGGGAGAAAGAAACGAA